AUGAAGGAUCCAUCACUUCCAGGUCUCAAAACACGGCUGUGGCCAAAACAGAAACCAAACAAAAAGUCCAAAGAUGAAGCUCCAAAGGUGGAGAAGGCUGUCAGGCCUCAGGCCUCUACCCCGUCUUGUACCAUCCCACAGCUGACCGAAGCAGAGAGGAUGAGGCUGUCCCCAUUUGAGAGGGUCGUCUAUGACAUGGCCCACAAUGAGAGGGUUGUCAAUGACCUGAUGCUUGGUCGGAGAGUUGGCUUCUACGAGCUUCGUGGAGAGAUAGGGCAGGGGAAUUUCUCAACAGUGAGGCUUGGCAUCCACGCCUUAACAAAAGAGAGAGUUGCUGUCAAAGUGGUGGAGAAGAUGCGCCUGGAUAAAAAGAGCCAGCCGAUGACCUCCUCAGAGAUCAGCUGCAUGGAAAAGCUGAGCCACCCAAACAUAGUGCGACUGUACGAGGUGUUCGAGACCAGCAGGAGGCUUUACCUGGUGAUGGAGUAUGGAAGCGGUGGGGAUCUAUUCUCCAGGAUCACCACCAGGGGGAGACUUAAUGACCUGGAGACUAAGCUGGUGUUUGCACAAAUCAUCGCUGCUGUGGAACACAUGCAUGACAAGAAAAUCGUCCACAGAGACCUAAAAGCUGAGAACGUCUUCUACACCACCAGUUAUUGCAUCAAGGUUGGAGACUUUGGCUUCAGCACAGACUGCAGCUCCACUGAGAUCCUCACCAGCUUCUGUGGCUCUCCACCGUACGCUGCUCCUGAACUGUUCAGAGAUAAAGGUUUCAUUGGAUAUCAUUCGGACAUCUGGGCUUUAGGUAUUCUCCUGUACUUCAUGGUGACGGCCACCAUGCCUUUUUUUGGGGACACGAUGAGCAGGCUGAAGCGCUGCAUCCUCCAGGGGGCCUACAGUAUCCCCACUCAUGUGCCUGAGCCCUGUCAGCUGGUCAUUAAAGGCAUGCUGCGGCCGGUGCCCGCUGAUCGCACGCCUCUCUCCCAGAUCACAAACUGUGCUUGGCUGCAAGGGCUUCAGUACCCCCCAUCGUUCGCCUCUCUGCCUCUCUCUCCGGCUCACUUUGCUUUGGACAGUCAGACUCUGAGUGAGGAGGAGCAGGAGGUGAAAGCUUUGCUCUCAGAGCUGGGUAUUCUGGCCGUUCAUCUCCAAAACAACCCCUGCAAGGACUGUAGGAGCCCUCUGACCGGCACCUACCGCAUCCUUCUGCACCGGGUCCAGAAGAAGAGGAUGGUGGAUGCUGUGGGUUAUUCAUGCCUGCACCCUGAUGAGUACGAGAGCCCUGGGAGGUGGACUGUAGCCUCUAUGGACAAGCACACUUCCACUGCUGUGUGUGCUAUACUCUAA